CCAUCCAAUCCCCACACCGCCGCCACUCCUUUUGUUUUCAGCGUCGAGCCAAUCAGCUUCUUCCUCCCAGAUCCCCUCCUCCCUCGAUUUGCGUUACCGUCCAACCGCUUCCUCCUACCGCGCCCGAGCCUUCCCCUGCUCGAGCCAUGCCUCGUCCCUGGCCCCUCCUCGCCUCACCGUCCGACGACGAACGCCGCCGCUGAAGCUCCUCCGCCAUGGACGUCGGGCCCCAAGGCCGUGCCUCUCCUCCUCCUCACCUUCCCCCUUUCCAUUUUCCCCUGCCAUGGCCUCUCUCCUCACGUCACUCUCUCUGCAGGAGCAGCUACGCCCUGGCCAGGAGCACGCCAGGCGCCAUGGCCGCCGAAGAAACUCUGCGCCGACGCCAUGGACAUCGUGCCCUCGAGCAGCAGCGCUCGAGCGCUCCUCCACCUCGUGCCCCCGCCUCGUCAGAUCCGCAACCGGCAGCAGCAGCAACUCCAUCUCGUUGUUUUCCGAACAGGAGGAGCCCCGUCCCCUCCAUGGAUUUGACCACCGCCGCCGGAGUUCAAGUCAAUGGCCUCCCCGCGGCCUCGCACGUCCACGUCGCCGACGGCAACAGCAGUAGGGAGCCCGUCAUGGCGUCCUUGAGGUGUUCAGGCAGCAGUAGCGCCUCAAGCUCUCCGCUCGGAUCCGUGCUUCCGCAGCCGCCUGGAGCUCCAACCUCCGCCGGAUCUCACCGUCCCCUCGCCCUUCGACGGAUCCGAGUCCAGGCGCUCGUCCCCGUCUUCCCGGCCUCCUCCGCGCCGCUUGCAGCAUCGAGUAGCAUCCCAGAACGAGACGACCAGCGCUGCCCCCUUGUUGACUUGGUCGAGCGCUAGCGUGGACAAGGGCCACAUCGAUCGAGCGGCCCUGCUACUACCUCUCCAGAUCUGGGCUUGGCCCAUGGGUGAGGCAGCCCCCUUGUCCAUGUGCACUUUUGGGCCGGCCAGAUUCAGCCCGGGAUAUUUUUUCCGCAGAACGUUUUUGUCUAUUAUCCGCAGGAUUGCAUUUUUUCAGAAAAGCCCCUAGACAACAUGCAUAUAAUAAC